AGCCUUCCCGGCCUCACCCCUCUGCCCCAGACCAGGCUUGGCUGAGAUGGCAGCCCGGCGAGACCCUUGGCUGGGGUGGCAGUGGGGAGAGCCACGCGCGCUCGGCCGGGCGGUGAAGUUGCUACAGCGCCUGGAAGAGCAAUGCCGGGACCCCAGGCUGGUUAUGGGGCCCCCGUCGCUGCGGAACCUGCUGCCCCGCAUCGCUCAGCUACUUCAGGAGGUGGCAAGAGCCCGGCGCCAGGCAGGGGGAGACCCCGAGGGUCCUGGUGGCGCUGGGGAUUUUCUGGUCAUCUACCUGGCCAAUCUGGAAGCCAAAGGCAGGAAAGUGGCCGAGCUGCUGCCACCCCGAGGCAAAAGGGAUGUCAACGAGGAGGUUUUCCGGGAGGGCUCCAGAUUCAGGCGACAGCUGGCCAAGCUGGCCCUCAUCUUCAGUCACAUGCAUGCCGAGCUGAGCGCACUCUUCCCUGAAGGGAAGUACUGUGGACACCUGUACCAGCUGACUAAGGCCUCGGCCCACACCUUCUGGAGGGAGCACUGUGGAGUCCGGUGUGUGCUUCCCUGGGCAGAGUUCCAGUCCCUCCUGUGUACCUGCCACCCCAUGGAACCAGGCCCCGCCACGCAGGCCUUACGUUCCACCUUGGACCUCACCUGUAGUGGCCAUGUGUCUGUCUUUGAGUUUGACAUCUUCACCAGGCUCUUCCAGCCGUGGCCCACCCUGCUCAGGAACUGGCAACUCCUGGCUGUCAACCACCCCGGCUACAUGGCCUUCUUGACCUACGAUGAGGUCCAAACACGCCUGCAAGCCUGCAGGGACAAACCAGGCAGCUACAUCUUCAGGCCCAGCUGUACCCGCCUGGGGCAGUGGGCUAUUGGGUACGUGAGUUGCGAUGGAAGCAUCCUACAGACCAUUCCUCUCAACAAACCCCUGUUCCAGGUGCUCCUGAAAGGACAAAAGGACGGCAUCUACCUCUACCCUGAUGGAAAGAACUACAACCCAGACCUGACUGAGCUGUGCCAGACAGAACCUCACCAUCGCAUUGAAGUGUCAGAGGAGCAACUGCAGCUCUACCAAGCCAUGAACUCCACAUUCAAGCUGUGCAAGAUCUGCUCUGAACGGGACAAGGACGUGAGGAUCGAGCCUUGUGGGCACCUUCUCUGCCGCCACUGCCUGGCUGCCUGGCAGCACUCAGACAGCCAGACCUGUCCCUUCUGCCGCUGUGAGAUCAAAGGCCACGAGGCUGUGAGUAUCUGUCAGGCUCAAGAGAGGUCAGUGGAGGCCAGGACCACUGCAGAGGACUGGAGAGACAGUUAUCACCAGGAGGCUGAGCAGUGGAAGCCGGAGCCGGUGAUUCCCUCUGUUCCCCCACUGCCCCCUGAAGAUCCAUCCUCUAGGAGACCCCAAGACAAAGGGCGGCUGGCAGUGGUAACCCUCACCCUGCCCAGGCUCCGAGCUCCACUUCCUUUAACAAAAAUGGCCUCGGUCCUGCAGGAAGUCACCUCCAGGCCCCAGGCCAGAGAAGGGGCCAGAGAGGCGCGUGGACUAGAGGAAGGGAGCCCGGGGCUGGAAGAGACAAUGAAACUGAAAUAAGCUGAUGCUGGCCUUCCAGGCCUCUGGCGCGUGAGGGGAACCCACAAUGACACACAGUGUGCGGAGGCAGCUUGCCCCUGGGGUAGGGUGGUCUUCAGUCCUGACCCCCGCCCCGUCCCCCAUUAACUCACGAACCUGGGCCCCUCCACCCCGCGAUCUUCCCACCCAAUGGAGCCCCAGGCUCCUCCUUUAGACAUGAAGUCCUACAUCCAGUGCCCAGCUCAUCACACAUCCAGCCCUGUCCCCCAUCCUGGACCUCUCGGGACCAGAGACCCCGAUCCAAGAAUCUCUUGUUUCUUUCUUUGGCAGUUUGGGACCUGAUUACCACAGCCUGCGGUAUCCCUAUAUAGCCCAGGCUGGACUCGACCACGUAGCAUGCCCCUGCCUCUCCCUCCUGGGUGUGCGGAUCAUAGGUGAACAAUGUCACAGGCAGGUCCCCUCCUCUUUUCAAGCCCCUACUCCCAAACUAGUGUGACCACUGGUUUCAAUCAAACUCCCCAAAUUCCCCAGCAUUGUCUAGAGGGAUCAGGGUCCAUUUGCUGUAAGUUCAAACAGCCACGGCCGAGCCCCCGUCAGUGUGUCCAUCUGUCCACAGCCUCUCUCUUACCCCUCCUGCACUGGGCCACCUCUACCAUGUGCCCAAAGUACACUGGAGGAGGCUGGCCUAAGAUGGGCAAAGUUGCUUUGGAAGGGAACAGCAGGGGUCUGUAGGAAGUCAGGGGAAGGUGCCUUACCUGACCUGGGUAAUCAAGGGGGGCUUCCUGGAAGAGGAGGCAUCGAAACUGAGAUUGUAGAGAAUCGGUGUCCCAUGGGAAGGGUGCCAGAAAGCUUGACUCACAGAUAAGUAACUAAUAAUAAUAAGUAACAAAAGCCACCUCAGGAAUACAAGGGGAUUUAUUGAGAGGAGUUUUUUUUUUUUUUGGGUCAGUCACAAAAUCCCAGGAGCUGCUUGGAGAGCUGGGAUUGGAAAGCAAUGAGACUUAGUGGCCGCCAGCCAGCAACGGUCCCCAACUGAAAGCUCUCUACAGAACCGGUUUGAUGAGGACACCGCAGGUUCCCCAGUGACCUAAGUGGCAGUCACUCACCCGCUGCCUGCACAGUCAAUAAGGGUGUGGCUGCUGUAAAGCACUCGCUCAUCACAGGUCACUCCUGGGAAUAGCGGUUGACGGUUGAUGAUAAUUUGACUGCUGGGAUAGCUGCAGGCGGAACCGGAACGGAGACUAGGGUGGGGAGUGAUUCUGACACAGAGGGGUCCCUGAGCAUGGAGGUUUCACUUAGCAGAACAGCCC